AUGGAAACGCUCUGUACGAUCCCUGCUGGAGUGAUGGCCUCGACGUCGAACUCUGCUCCGCCGGGACGGUCGCCAGACAUCUCUCAGCCUGUGGCUGAGAUGCAGAUCGACGCUGAUCAAGCGGGUGAGGUUCAUCGGGUAACGUCGGAGAUACAUACCUCCAGCUCUGUGGCUCCUGCAGACUUUGGGAGGAACGAGAAUGAGGUGAUCAGUGAGGGGGGCCUGGAGAUCUAA